AUGGAUUCCUGUGAAGAUUUUGAUAUGUGUGAGGACUUGGACAGAGCAGAUACGUACUUGCCAACAAAGAAAGAGGAUAACUCAAAACCAUGCAAUCAUCAAGAGAUUGAAGACCGUUUUCGUGAAUUCAAGCAAUCAACAUACAAAGAAAUUCACCAGAUGUCGUGUGCUUUGAAGAAAGUAGGAUAUUCUCCUUUGUGUCCGGACGUCAAACGACGAACAGAUUUGGAUUAUAUUCGCGAAUGUUUGGAUCGAAUGACUGCUGACCAAGCUGUGUUUUACAGCCGAGCUGGUGAAGUAUUGGUAGGGUGCUACGUCACUCCAUUACGUCCGACUGAAGUUCAAUGUGGUCAAGGAAAUCUUAACCUUUGUCAGUAUUUUGCUGCUAAAUGGUGCUAUAACAUUGAUGACAACCAGUAUGUAGUGAUCAACGGAUGUGGGGCUGCUUAUCCUGUGUCAGAGCUGUUCAUUGUCAGAGUUCCAAGACCUGAAGCUAUGCAAAACGAUAGAGAGGUUCGUGCUCAGAAGAAACGAGACAGCGGCAUGAGAUGGUCCAUACCUUCAUCGGAUACUUCUGGUGCUCGAGGAAUUCUACGUCCUACCAAGUGA